GUCACAUGACCCCCGACCCUCCCGGCUCGUCCCUCGCUUCCUUUUUACGCGGUUCCGGGAAACCGCUCGAUUGGUCAGGGAGGGACAUUUUGAACGGCGGGGACGGGAGCUGCGGCGGCUCAGUCUGAACUCCCCAGAAUGGAGUGGCAGCCAGAUGAGCAAGGACUUAAACAAGUUCUCCAGCUGCUUAAGGACUCCCAGUCUCCAAACACGGCCACCCAGCGUAUUGUCCAGGAUAAACUGAAGCAACUAAACCAGUUUCCUGAUUUCAAUAACUACCUGAUUUUCGUCCUGACACGGCUGAAAACCGAAGAUGAGCCAACCCGAUCCCUCAGCGGCCUGAUCCUGAAGAACAACGUGAAGGCUCAUUACCAGAGCUUCCCUCCGCUCGUGGCUGAUUUCAUCAAGCAGGAGUGCCUCAACAACAUUGGCGACUCCUCCUCUCUUAUCCGAGCCACCAUUGGUAUCCUCAUCACUACUAUUGCUUCCAAGGGGGAGCUACAGAUGUGGCCAGAACUGCUUCCCCAGCUCUGCAACUUACUUAACUCUGAGGACUACAACACCUGUGAGGGAGCCUUUGGGGCUUUGCAGAAAAUCUGUGAGGACUCGUCAGAGCUCCUGGACAGCGACGCGCUCAACAGGCCUCUGAACAUCAUGAUCCCCAAGUUCCUGCAAUUCUUCAAGCAUUGUAGCCCCAAGAUUCGGUCCCAUGCCAUUGCUUGUGUGAACCAGUUCAUCAUGGACCGGGCUCAGGCUCUAAUGGACAACAUUGACACCUUCAUUGAGCAUCUUUUUGCCUUGGCGGUGGAUGAGGACCCCGAAGUGCGGAAGAAUGUGUGCCGGGCACUGGUCAUGCUGCUGGAGGUGCGGAUUGACCGACUGAUUCCACACAUGCACAGUAUCAUCCAGUACAUGCUGCAGAGAACUCAAGACAAUGAUGAGAACGUGGCCCUGGAGGCCUGUGAGUUUUGGUUAACACUGGCAGAGCAACCCAUAUGCAAGGAGGUCCUGUCGUCACACCUGGUGCAGUUGAUUCCCAUCUUGGUAAAAAGGAUGAAAUAUUCGGAAGUCGACAUCAUCUUGCUCAAGGGGGACGUGGAGGAGGAUGAAGCCGUACCCGACAGCGAGCAGGACAUCAAGCCGCGGUUCCACAAGUCCCGCACGGUGACGCUGCAGCACGAGGAGGAACGUCCCGAGGAUCCCGAGGAUGUCGAGGAAGAUGACGACGACGACGACACCCUCUCGGACUGGAACCUGAGAAAGUGCUCAGCUGCCGCACUGGACGUCCUGGCCAAUGUGUUUCGGGAAGAGCUGCUGCCCCAUCUGCUGCUUUUGCUCAAGAGGUUACUCUUCCAUCCCGAAUGGGUCAUCAAGGAGUCUGGGAUUCUAGUGCUCGGGGCAAUUGCAGAGGGGUGCAUGCAGGGCAUGGUCCCUUACUUGCCGGAACUCAUCCCCCACCUGAUCCAGUGCCUGUCAGACAAGAAGGCCUUGGUACGCUCCAUCGCCUGCUGGACCCUGAGCCGCUAUGCGCACUGGGUGGUGAGUCAGCCUCCCGACAUGCACCUCAAACCCUUGAUGACAGAACUGCUGAAGCGCAUCCUGGAUGGCAACAAGCGGGUGCAAGAGGCAGCCUGCAGUGCGUUUGCCACGUUGGAGGAGGAGGCCUGCACAGAGCUGGUCCCCUACCUGAGCUUCAUCCUGGACACCCUCGUGUUUGCCUUCGGCAAGUACCAGCAUAAGAAUUUGCUGAUCCUGUACGAUGCCAUCGGCACGCUGGCUGAUUCCGUUGGGCACCAUCUCAAUCAGUUGGAAUAUAUCCAGAAGCUGAUGCCCCCCCUGAUCCAGAAGUGGAAUGAGCUCAAGGAUGAGGACAAAGAUCUCUUUCCGCUGCUGGAGUGUCUGUCGUCUGUGGCCACGGCCCUCCAGAGUGGCUUCCUACCCUACUGCGAGCCUGUCUAUCAGCGCUGCGUCACCCUGGUCCAGAAAACUCUGGCCCAGGCCAUGAUGUACAGCCAGCACCCAGACCAGUAUGAGGCUCCCGAUAAGGACUUCAUGAUCGUGGCGUUGGAUUUGUUGAGUGGGUUGGCCGAGGGGCUGGGCUGUCAUGUGGAGCAGCUGGUUGCCCGCAGCAACAUCAUGACCUUGCUCUUCCAGUGCAUGCAGGACACCAUGCCAGAGGUUCGGCAGAGCUCCUUUGCCCUCCUGGGAGACCUCACCAAAGCCUGCUUUAUGCACGUUAAGCCUUGUAUCGCUGAAUUCAUGCCAAUUCUGGGCACCAACCUAAACCCAGAAUUCAUCUCUGUGUGCAACAAUGCCACCUGGGCCAUUGGGGAGAUCUGCAUGCAGAUGGGAGCAGAGAUGCAGCCUUAUGUGCAGAUGGUUCUCAACAACUUGGUGGAGAUCAUCAACCGACCCAAUACCCCCAAGACACUCCUAGAGAAUACAGCCAUCACCAUCGGACGCCUGGGCUGCGUGUGCCCGCAGGAAGUCGCCCCCAUGCUCCAGCAGUUCAUCCGGCCCUGGUGUACGUCCCUCAGGAACAUCCGGGACAAUGAGGAGAAGGAUUCUGCCUUCCGGGGCAUCUGCAUGAUGAUUGGGGUGAACCCUGGGGGUGUUGUGCAGGACUUUAUUUUCUUCUGUGACGCGGUAGCUUCCUGGGUGAAUCCUAAGGAUGACCUGCGUGACAUGUUUUAUAAGAUACUCCAUGGCUUCAAAGACCAAGUGGGACAAGAGAACUGGCAGCAGUUCUCGGAGCAGUUCCCACCUCUGCUGAAGGACAGAUUAGCUGCAUUCUAUGGGGUCUAGUUAAAGCGGAGAGACCGUACUAGGUUCCUGUCUGCCUUGGGAGGGGAAACUUAGAGCUCAUCUGCGUCCAGGUGUUGUAGUGCCCUGUUAAUGGGGGGUUAGGGAGGACGAAGUGGGACUCAAAAACAAAUGCCUUCCCGGCUUUACUGACAUUUCUGUGGACUGGGGGAACCUCCAUGAUCAUUUUCUAAACGGGGAGCUUCUAGGCCCUUCCCCUCCCCCCUCCAAAAAAAGAGGGAAAAAAAACCUAAAAGGGAACUUGGUUUUUGGGUUAUCCUGGCAGCCAGAGCGAUGCUGGCCACAUGGGGGAGGAGGAGGUGCUGCAACCUUAUUAUUUUGGAGGAGGAAGGGAAGCAAUCGGGCAGUGGUAGGCAAGAAGUCUUUCCCUGGGACACCACAAGAGCAAACACUGACAUACACACAGGGUAGGUGUAAAGAAAAUUAUAAACCUAAAAGCAUGGGGAAGGGGGGCGGGGGGAGGAAUGGGCCAGUGUUCUAAAGCUCCAGCUGGGAAAGCAAGGGAGGGCAACCUCCUCCCCCUGCUUUCUCCCCUCCUCCCCCCCGUCCCCCCCACCUCACCAUUUUCUGACUGCAUGGUGACAAUUAGAGUAGCAAAUCCUGUGAGUAGCCCAUAAUGACUUCGAUGUAACGUUUCAUCUAGCGUUCAAAAGCUUCUGCAGUAGAUACUGUGCAUUUGUUGGGAAAAUGCAGAGGGGCAGGGCUAGUGGGGUCGCCAACAUGGUAGGAGCCCUAGAAAACCUCGAACUUCCUGGAUCCACUUCAGGGAGCCAGUCACCAAAGGAGAAUCUAAUUUCUCGGUCCCGGGUCCUGCCAAGCCUGGCCAGUGCUGUAGAGAACCGUGCUUUGGAGAAGCCGCAGCUCCUGGUGAGAUUUCUCUCAGCUGGUUGUACGGCCGUAUCUGGCAACGCGGUUACUGCGUUUCCUCAACCGUCUCUUCCUGUCACAACGGGAGGGAAGGGGUGAGCCGAAAUAGCUGACCCAAAGGGGUGGGGAGGGCAGCGGUUGAUGGGCUCCGAGCAGCGUGCCGUGCCGGCCCUCCAUCCAGACCAAGUCCGCCUCAACGCUGAGUCUGUUCUAGCAUCUUUACUUAACUGUGAGAGCUAAAUGUUUUGCUUCUUAGCUGAGUUGAUGCUGUCAGUGGAUAAGCAGUAAGAUAACUGAGCAUAAUAUGACAAAAUUUAGCCUCCCUCCCCAAGCCCUUUUAUAGGCAACUAUCUAGGGUUUGGGGUUGUUUCUUUUAAGUCUGUCUUCUGUUUCCCCACCCUUGGUGGGUGGGAAUCCCCCCCCUUUUUUUUCUCUUUUUGAUGUUUGAGUUCUGGUUUAAAUGCUGAGGGUCCGAAGUUGCAUGUUAACAUGAAGACAGAAGGUGGUACAGAGUGGCUGAGUUGAUAGAAGCACCCAUCUUUUUUUUUUUUUCCCCCCCCUCCAUGCCCUGGAAUGGAGAGGGCAGCAGGAACCAGAUGGUUUUAGAUGGGUUUUGUCCUUCCAUCAAGCCCAUCUCGGGGACAUUUGGUUUAGGAUUUUCCUCUUCCCAUGAACUUCCCAUGAGUUCUGAGACCCAGCUGAAAGACUUGCCAGUGACUCCCUGAACUCCCUUCAAAGAGCUGAGGGGAAAAUUCCAAGAGAAGUGGGACCAGCAUCUCUUUCUAGCCAGGAGGGGAGAGGGCACCCGUUACUUUCUGGUUUGAGAAUCAAAGAACGAGGAGCUGGGGCUUGUCCAAGAGUCAAAGGACAAGGAGAUGCUUUGGCACCAGCUGCUGCUAGGAGGCCAAUUUGGGCAGUGGGGAGCCUUUCCCUGGCCAUUGGGAAGUAAAUUGGGUUGCCCACGGAGUGGCGGGAGUGUCUCAGAAUUUGGGGGACCCAAUGGAAUUCAUUAGCAUGGUCAUCAUCAACUUCAAUUUUACUGAACUCCCUUCCCAGCCUCUCAUUUGGCUCCUUUCAUCCAGCAGCUUCUAGCAUCGUCUUUCCUUUGGCUCUCAGAGCUAUGCGUCGGGAUCCGAUAACCUAGGGCUCUGGGAUCCAGAGAUCUCUCGUCCACCUCGACUCCCUUUAGCAUCCCGCGUAACACCCACAACCCAACCAUCACGUGCAUUCCAAACUCUGCCUUUUUGUUUUAUUUUUAAUUUUUUUUUACCUGGAUAAGAACUUGAGUAGGUCUCUGGAAGCUGUUGAAAAUGGCUUUUUUUAUUUUUUAUUUUUUUAUUUUAUUUUAUUUUAAAUUGCAGUUGCUUUGGGGAAAUGUUUCCGCUGUUCCAGGCAGAGGGAGGGUGAGAGGUGGUGGCUAAGUCUUCCUCCUCCCUGCCUAAGACCAGGGUUCCAAGUUCAGCUCCACAGCUCCCAUGAUGGACCUGGGGAGCUGGGCUUGGGAUUUUUAAAUUGUAUUUGACUUUUAAAAUUUUUAUUUAAUUUUGUUCUUGCACAAUAAAGUUUCAGCCUCUGCUUGUUUGGGUUGGAUUUUCCUUUCCUUGGGUAACAGUGCCGACUGGUUUUUAGCCUUCCUGUCUUUUGAAUCCUCGAUUUGUACAUUUGUAAAUGUGCCGUAAUGUUUCCUAUGGUAAAACUGCCGUGGAUUUGUGUUACAGCGGCUGCUUGCACCUUCGCUCCAAAUGAGACUGUUCUCAUUUUAUGUAUUUUUUUUUUUAAACUAAAGACCAAUUUCUUGUGACACCA